CGAGAAUUUGCAACUGGAUCGGAACAGGACAAUCGUACAUAUCUUGUUUGAUUAGUUCAGACUACUUCCUGUCUAUGGGUAUUGUUGUUGUUGAGAAAACAUGGCGACCUCCAUGCAGGUUUCAGUUUGGGACACUCCGAAAGUCUAUAAACACCAUGAACAGCGACCUGUUUGUCACACACGACCAAAGUACAGAGAUGGAAGGAGACCUAAGGCUGUCAAGGUUUACACUAUCAAUCUUGAAUCCCGUUAUUUGCUGGUGCAAGGGGUGCAAGCGAUUGGAGUAAUGACAGAGUUGGUGCAGCUCCUCGCGCUAUAUGGAGCUAUAGAAGAAUACCGUGUGCUUGACGAAUAUCCUGCCGAAGAGUUCACUGAAGUGUACCUCUUCAAAUUUCAAAAACUGACAAGUGCGAGGGCAGCUAAACGAAACACGGACGAGAAGAGCUUUUAUGGAGGGUUGUUACACGUGUGUUACGCUCCUGAGUAUGAGACUGUGGAGGACACCAGGCAGAAAUUACAGGACAGAAGGAGAUACGUGAACAGAGUGGCCCAAAGCAAAGAAAAAGCAUACGAGCCAAAAAGUGAGGAAAGAACAUCAAGAACAACACGUCCAUGGGAUACAUGUGAAGAGCAUAUACCAGAGAAUGUUCCAAAGGGGAAGAGUUCAACCUACAGAGACAAUUACCAGGGCUUUCCUUUGCUGCCUUCGCCUCCUCAAGAGAAGCUGUUUUGCCAACCUUCAUAUUCUGGUCAGUUACAGCAGGGAAGUACCUUACCCGCUGAGGACAAAAUGGGCUCUUUGCACCACUACGUCGAUCCCACCAAAGACCCUAAGCUCCAAACAGCUAUGAUUCAAAGAGACAGAGAAAAGAAUAGCCGGGUGACCAGGGACACUACUUCACAUGCACGAUUUGUUCCAAGACCUGCUCUCUUAGACAGUAGAAAACGUAAAGCAGAGGAGACAAUCAGUCAGUCAUCAAGAGUUAACAGUGAUGAAGGUGGAUGUGUAAUUGGACCACAGUUACCAGAAAAGCCAAAGAUGGAUUUAGAAGAUGCCUCAUUAAAUAUCACAGCUAACAUAAUAAGGAGCACGAUGGAAAAGAUUGCCUCAGUUCCAGAACCAAAGCCCCCAGUGGCCACUGCUAAACCAAGGCGAAGAAUCUAACCAUACCAUUCCUUUGCAUUUCUGCUGGAAUCUAGCUAAUCUUAAUGUUAUAGUAAUAAAAUAAAUGCGUUGAAAAAUAAAUUACUUUAUUUAUGUGUUUGUAUAAUU